CGGACAAAUAUCGGAAAGUAAAACAACCUUGGGGUAAGUGCUCCUGAACCGAAAAAAGGGGAAAAAAGAUCUUUUGUCAACCCAGUCUUCGAUUAUUAGUAGCUCACAGUCAGGGAACAUCAGCUAUGCCUUUCGGGAACACUCACAACCAGCUGAAGAUGAAGUACUCCGCUGAAGCGGAGUACCCCGACCUCACAAAGCACAACAACCACAUGGCCAAGGCGCUUACCCCUGCCAUGUACCAGCGGCUGCGCAGCAAACAGACUCCCAGCGGAUUUACGUUGGAUGAUGUGAUUCAGACCGGUGUAGAUAACCCAGGUCACCCUUUUAUUAUGACUGUGGGCUGCGUGGCUGGAGAUGAGGAGACUUAUGAGGUGUUUAAAGAGCUUCUGGACCCUGUAAUUGAGGACAGACAUGGAGGAUACAAGCCCACAGACAAACAUAAAACUGAUCUGAACCCCGCCAACCUUAAGGGUGGGGAUGAUCUGGAUCCUAAAUAUGUGUUAAGCUCUCGUGUGCGAACUGGCAGGAGCAUUCGUGGAUUUUGUCUGCCACCACAUUGCAGUCGUGGAGAGAGGAGAGCCAUUGAAAAACUCUCUGUGGAAGCUUUGAGUGCCCUUACUGGAGAUCUGAAAGGGAAGUACUAUGCUCUGAAGAAUAUGACCGAAGCAGAGCAGCAGCAGCUCAUUGAUGACCACUUCCUAUUUGACAAGCCAGUAUCUCCUCUGCUGCUAGCCUCUGGGAUGGCCCGUGAUUGGCCUGAUGCCAGGGGUAUAUGGCACAAUGACAACAAAACAUUCCUGGUGUGGGUGAAUGAGGAGGACCACUUGCGUGUCAUCUCAAUGCAGAAAGGUGGUAACAUGAAGGAGGUCUUCACUCGUUUCUGCACGGGCCUUACUAAGAUUGAGGAGUUGUUCAAAACCAAGGGACAUGAAUUCAUGUGGAAUGAGCACCUUGGAUACAUCCUUACUUGCCCAUCUAACCUGGGUACAGGCCUGCGGGGCGGAGUGCAUGUUAAACUUCCAAAUCUGAGCAAGCAUAGCAAGUUUGAGGAGGUGCUCAAGAGACUACGACUGCAGAAACGUGGAACAGGUGGUGUGGACACUGCUGCAGUGGGUGGCGUGUUUGAUAUCUCUAAUGCUGACCGGCUGGGCUUCUCAGAGGUGGAAUUGGUUCAGGUGGUGGUUGAUGGAGUCAGGCUCCUGGUGGAGAUGGAGAAACGAUUGGAAAAAAAACAGUCGAUUGAUGAUCUUAUCCCUGCCCAAAAGUGAACCUUGCCAAAGAAUCCCACUACCUCACUCUCCCAAAAUUGCUGGUUUAAUCACCCCCUCACCACAUCCCACUCCUGUUAUGUGAAUGAAAAACUGAAAUGUCUCUCCAGUAAUGUAUGUACAAUUUAACACACCAUUUCCUGUCACUCAUUGAAGAUUUCAUUAUGGUAACAUGAGAGAAUUAAAAACUCUUUGCCCAUGUAGACCUGUUGUCUCUUUGGUAAACUGGCACCAAUUAUUACAAAUAUGUUUAAGCAGUAGCUAUAAUAGUAUAUUUAGAUACAUAAUUAAGUGUUAGCACUACUAACUGGAAUGCUAAUGGUCUAAGCAUAGCUUUUUAAAAAAUUAUAAAUGUGUAUGGCACUCAUAGCAGUGUGCUCAACAUUUAUAAAUAAAGACUUUCAUCAACCAGA